UAGCAAUCCUCAAAUUUUCCUAGUUUCAUUAGUGAUUUUGACCAUUCGGCCCUAAGCUGCACUUUUAAAUUCAUCCGUAACUUUGCCAUUCAAAUUCGAAGCAACUGACCAUGUCAGCAGAUAAAGUAAACGUUGAGUCUACAUCGUCCGAGACGAUUAAAGAUAUUUAUUGCUUGCCGGAAAAUCCACGAAAAAUUUCAUUCGAAGAUGUUCAAAAAGCGUUCGCUGUUGUUAGCGAAUGCACUAAGCCAACACCAUUUACGAAAUCCAAACUGUCCGAAGUAUUGGGAAUGAAUGUGUACUUCAAAAAGGAAUUCUUACAGUACACUGGCAGUUUUAAGGAACGCGGUGCACUCUAUGCUCUUACCAUGCUAAGUGAGGAACAGAAAAAGAAGGGUGUGGUAGCAGCCUCUCUCGGUAAUCAUUCGCAGGGGAUGAGUUACCAUUCGAAACGAUUGAACAUUCCGUGCACUGUGGUGAUGCCCCAUGCCGCUCCGCACAAUAAAAUAAAGAGAUGUAGAAACUUUGGAGCCAAUGUCAUUAUUCACGGAAACGAUAUGGCUGAAGCACUAAGUCACGCCAAGUUUCUUGCAAAAGAGAAGGGAAUGACUUACAUCAACGGAUACGAUCAUCCACAUAUUAUUGCUGGCCAAGGAACUGUUGGCAUGGAAAUCGUCGCACAGAUGGAAGAUCAUAUCGAUGCAAUAGUUGUGCCGGUUGGAGGAGGUGGACUAAUAGCCGGAGUAGCAACGGCAGCUAAAGCGUUACUGAAGGACGUCAAAAUUAUUGGAGUAGAAACCGAAAACUCUCAAGGCUUUACCAAUGCUCUUGCCCAUGGCAAACCGAUCUAUACACCCACUUCACCGAGUCUUGCUGAUGGGCUUGUCGUUCCAACUGUAGGAUACAAUGCUUUUGCGACCGCACAACCAUUGGUAGAUAAAAUGAUUGUAAUUAAGGAAGAGUGGAUUCAUCCAGCAAUGCUGCAGUUAGUCGAACUGGAAAAAUCGGUGGUGGAAGGCGCCGCUGCGGCUGGUCUUGGAGCCAUCCUAUCCGGACAGAUGGAUGAGUUCAAAAAUAAAAAUGUGGCUGUGAUUCUUUGCGGCGGUAACAUUGACUCAAACAUUUUUGGCCGUUGUAUCGAACGUGGAUUGGUAGCAGUAGGACGACUACUAAGGUUCUGUGUGACAGUCAGUGAUAAGCCGGGAAGUCUAACCGAAUUGUGUUCCCUAACAAGUGCGGCUGGUGUUUCUAUUACCCAACUUGUACAAGAGCGGCAAUUCUGCAAGAGUAUCCAUAAUAUUGAGUUGAAAGUAAUUUGCGAGACGCGUGACUACGAACAUACCGAAUAUUUUAAAAAGCUGUUACGAGAACACUAUGGAGAAGUAGAAUUUAACGAUUCACCGCUUAAAUGCGCCACAAUGGAAUAGGUUCUUGCCUUUGACUGAUCUCUGACAAUAAAUUGGAAUCCCAUGGAA